GGUGUGGAUCCAGCCAUAAGGCCAGAAGUUUGGGAAUUUCUGUUGGGCUGUUAUGCUUUGGGCAGCUCCGCGGAGUACCGAAAGCAGCUGAGGUCGGCUAGAAGGUGUGAGAUUUGAGAAAGAAAACGUUUGAAUGGAUCUGUAUGAAUACCUUCAGAUCUGUGUUUACGCCUGGUGGAGCGCCUGUCUCUGCUGGUGGGGUAGCGGCGGCGGAGGCCGUGGUGGUGGUGGUUAUGGCGGCGCAGAUGAUAGAAGGGGAGAGAGUUUUUUAGGGUUUUGAGAAAUGAAAAAUCUGAAAUGGGUAGUGAGUGGGAAUAGAGAAAGAUAUAUGUAUUUGGGUAUGUAUUUUUGAUAUAGCUACCAAUUGUAAUUUAGAAAAGUUAAUUAGCUACUAAAUAUAAUUAAAUAAAAGGAUAGUUAAUAUUAAUAAUUAGGUCUCAAAAGAAGCUACAAUGAGUAAAAAUUCCUUCAAGGAAGCAGUUUGUUGCAUAACAUGGUUAACUGUUCCCUUUGAUGUGUGCUCAAAAAAUUGCUGUUGUACUUCAUUAAGACUCUUUAAUUCUUUAUCCUCUCGUUGAUAUUUUCUUCUAACUUUUCGGAGAAUUCAUCAACUCAAUGAUGAUAAUCUUUCCAUUUCUUGCUAUCCACUUAUCCAUCAUAAUGAAACGUCCAAACUUCCAUUGUACUUUUUGUUCCUCAACAAUGUCGUUCGUCUCCUUGAACCUCUUUUUUUAGAUAAGGAAUUCUAACUUCGUGAUAGGUGGGGACGUCCUUCCUGGACCAUGUUGGCCUACAACCUCAAUGAAAACAUAAAAGCUAUCCACAUAAUUGACAGAAUUGAAAGGGAGCCCAACAUCAUACAUCUAUCGUGCAAACUUUGUAACUGCACGAUCCGUCAAAGUCUUCUAGGCAACUUCUAUGGGUUGUUCACCUCUUUUACUUGCCUAACUACAUCCUUCAGAUUCUGUGUGAAAUAACAUCUAUAGGACCUUUGUUCCUACCGGUACAUCUACAAUUUGAAGAGAAUAUUCGUUUUUUUGGUAAUUUUGAGGGAAGCGGCAUUGACAAAUCAUUACCCUCAUGUUUGUCAUCCUCAUCAUCAAGAUUAGUCACAAAUGCUUGAUGGUUCAUUUGAUGUCUUAUCUCAUUUUUUUUUCUCAACAUACUUUUCUAAAUCUUCCUUAAUAUGUUCCUGGUAUUUUGGACAAGAUUUGACAUUGCUAUUAGCACCUAUGAGAUGUUGUUUGUGACGAUAAAUUCCACCUUUGGUAACCUUGUUACGGAGCACGUUGGAUUGAGGACCUAUCUUUCUCACUAACUUUGCUUCCAUAAGCUCAAGCUGGGUCUCUCCUUUCUUUGAGAUGAUUCCAUUCAUAUAGCUGUUAUUAGAAAAAGAAAUUCAAUGAAAUAGAAUAAUAAAAUCAAGAAACAGAGACUAGAAGAAUUAACAAAGAAAAAGAAGACAGCAACAGAGAGAAGAAGUAGAAUAAUUUUAAAACAGACUACUGCCAUGUGAUAGUGUAUAACCAUCUCAUCUAAAAGCUCAGUUUUAUUUAUUUAAUUAUAUCUUCAACAUCUCCAUUGUCUUAGAGAAUGACUCACAUCCCACUGUUUCCUCAGGGAAUCUUAUCGUAUUGAGUUCCCGCUAUGACCCAUGAAACAUCUUCGUCCCAACAUUUUAAUUUCUCACCUGUUUGCUUGUAAAAAACCCCUCACACCCCCACUCAAUUGUUCUGUCCUCAUUUUUAAAAUUGCAUAUCCAUUGUAGUAAUUUAUUCAUCAGAGACGCCAAUAAAAUCGUUCACUGCCUUGUAAAGAGUCAGACUCAUGCUUAUUAUAUCAGACACACCAACUUAUCUUAGCCUUAUUCUCCAUUGCCAUUGUGCGAGGGACUUCUUAGUUCUAAAAAAAGAUUCUGAUUCGUUGAUCUUUCUUAGUUCUAAUAAAAAGAUUCUGAUUCAUUGAUCUGUUUUUUCUUUUUUUUUGAGUGUUAAAGGAGGUGGUAAUUUAUUUGUUAUAGAAAGUGUACCACCUGCAUAAGCAAAAAGAGGGACCUAAGAGAGAUGUCUUCACUUUCGCAAAUAACAAACUUUGGGAUAUGAACUUCUGUAUAUCCAUAAUAUCUCCUCAGGGAACGUUACAGAGACCUCAUAAAGCAGUGCCAAGCAAUGCAUUCCAGUAUAGGAACUGGUUCCCUUGCCUAUGUUGUUGGGUCCAAGGUCAUGGACAUGAGAACAAGUUCCAAAGAUGACUGCCGAAGAGAAGCUGAUUUCAAGAGCAGUCAAGCUUCUGAUGUUAAUACUGACAAUUUAUACAGUUACAGUGAUUUUGAUAAUAAUUGUAUAGACACAGCACAUGCACAUCAAAGGGAAAGCUCUAGUGAUUCUGGUGAUCUUAUAAGUGCAAGGGGAAGCACAGAUGAGGCAGCAUUGGACUCUUUUUUUUCUGUGCCUACUUUGGGUCCAUACGACCUCAGAUCCACCGAACUUGGGGGUGAGGCAUGUCAAUCAGAAUCUGUAAACGAGAAUUGUUUUGAUUUUCCUGCUUUACCUGUUACAGACUUAUUUGGAAAGAGUAACAAAAAUAAGAAAGGUCAUAGGUCAUAUGGUAAGAGAAUUCUAGCGAGCCGUAAAUUGAAAUAUGGAGAUGAUAAGAUGCACAGUUUCAGAAUAAAUAAUAAUGCAGAUCUAGUCGAAGAAGCAAAUGUUUCCUCAUCAUAUGGCGUAUCUCAUUCCCUGAACUCUGAAAUUGAGAGGGUUCAUCCUACUGGGCCGGAUUCAAUGUCAUGGUCUGGAAAAUUCCAGGAAUGUGAAACAGAGAUUUUUAGCGGACUCAGAAUAUCUGACGCACCAGACACUCCAAAUAUGAAUGCGAGAACACCUCCAAGAGGUGGUUUCAGUGAUGAAAGAGUGUCGGAAUGGCUCUGGACAUUACAUCAGAUAGUUGUUGAUGUAGUCAGAACAGAUAGCCAUCUUGAAUUCUAUGAGGAUAGAAAAAAUUUGGCUAGAAUGUCAGAUAUCCUGGCUGUUUAUGCGUGGAUUGAUCCGGCAACGGGAUAUUGCCAAGGAAUGAGUGAUCUCUUGUCUCCUUUUGUUGUCCUGUUUGAGGAUAAUGCUGAUGCGUUCUGGUGCUUUGAGAUGCUUCUACGGAGAAUGCGUGAGAACUUUCAGAUGGAAGGGCCAACUGGUGUCAUGAAGCAGUUGCAAGCUCUAUGGCAUAUUGUGGAACUUACAGAUAGAGAAAUGUUUUCUCAUUUGUCAAGCAUAGGUGCUGAAAGCCUUCAUUUCGCCUUCCGGAUGCUGUUGGUGCUCUUCCGCCGAGAAUUAUCUUUUAACGAGGUUCUUUGUAUGUGGGAGAUGAUGUGGGCUGCAGAUUUUGAUGAAUCAAUUGCUUUUCAUCUAGAGGAAAACUGCCCUGAAAUAUUGGUCAUUCAGAUUCCAAAGGAGUCUGAGGCAGAAUCAGGAGAAGAAAUUGUUGAGAAUAACAAUAGCGAUUCAAAGGAUGACUCGCCCUCUAAACAUGGACGUGGAGAGCGUACCGUCUCAGAAAACAACGGGAUGAAGCUUUCCUUAGCUCAUCCAUUUUGUGGCCUGACUAGGAAUUUCUGGUCCAAAAAUAAUGGCAUGCACAGUUUUAAUAUGGUCUUAUCAACAAGGAGUACUGUUGAUGAAUUACCAGUUUUUUGUGUAGCAGCUAUUCUUGUCAUGAACCACCAGAAGAUCAUUAAACAAACUCGCUCAAUUGAUGAUCUGAUAAAGAUAUUCAACGACAAUAUGUUAAAGAUUCGGGUCAAGAGGUGUGUACAGACUGCCAUCAAACUGCGGAGGAAGUACUUAUACAAGCUGAUUAAAGGUAGAAAUCCAGCAGGCCAAAAUGGUGACUGAGUGUUUGGUCUCUUCCAUUUGCUUGGAUGGCAAGGCAGAUCUCUCACGUGGAGUUGUUAAUUGCAAUAUAAGUUGGAGUUCAGAACAAUUAUCAGAUAUAGUUUAUUUGGAGUUUAUACAGCAAAGUGGUUGGCAUUUGAGUAUACGUCAAUGCACUACUGUCACCCAAGGACUGUUAAGUUGCAUGUUUCCUUUACCUUGGUUGGUGAAUACAAUCAACUGGUUAGGGAACACGAAAAUUUUGCUGCCAUAUAGUUAGUGGGUAAGGAUUAUGUAUCAACAGUUUUGAUAAACUUGUCAGCAUUGAGAUUUCUCAGGGGAAAGCUUAAGAGUUGAUGAGAAUUAGGAGAUAAUAUUCCAAGAGAAGAUUUCAUAUCUUUGUAACUGACUUGUGUCUUCAAUCAUUACAAUAUGAUCCAUGAUGGAAUCAACAAAAAAGGAUCUUUUCUUAUGUUUUGUUAAUAGAAACAGUAAAAAGUAUAUUAUUUGUCCGGGCCUAUUGUAAUUGCUCUGAACAAUAACACCUAAAUGUGUUGUCCCGUGUUUUAUAUGGGGAUUAUUUGUGCUCGUUGACAUGCAAUUUCGGCGUAGUUGAUAGACCUCCCAUCUCGUUCAAUGCAAAGGGAAUAAUGCUCUUCAGAGGUGGCGUACAGAUUAACUAAUUGGUGUCAUCUCUUCUCCACAAAGUAGCUGCUGAUCAACUACAAGAACAGAUUCAAGAGAGAACUUUGUUGGUGAAUUAGUAUUCUUAUCCUUGUUUUGAUGUGUGAAAUUUAGACAGUUUGGCCUUUUCUUGUUUUAGAUUAGAUGAGACUUUCUCAGAGAGAUUUGUUCAUGCGGGUCUAGCUGGUUUUCCGGUGUUGAAAAUGUUGGACGAGUUCGCAAUGUGCUCUGCCCAUUGCAAAGAUGAUCAAUUUUUGGUAUUAUACACAGAAAAAUGAAAAACGUCAACUUUAGUGGUU